CCGGAAAUGACGUAAGAGAAUGUUGGGAAAAAAAGCCAUAAUUGUUAUUGUUAGCUUGUUAGCUAGCGGACGAACUCGUGAAAUGGAGAUAUGACAGAGUAAUAACGUCUUAUUACAUGUGCACGAUUAAGUUAUAACAACCGUAAAGUGAUGGAGGACGGAAACAGGUCAGAUGCUGCCUCUACAUCCAAGAGCCACGCAGGCUCACUCCACCUGCAGACUCCAAAAAAUGAGGACACCUAUGAAAUUGCCAUCCCCUAUGAAGAGAGCAACUUUGAGCAGCAAGGAUUUUUCAACCAGAGUGAUCAAAAUUUUGAUGAGUCGCCUCCAUCUGCUGGCCCAUCUCCAGUUAACAACUCAUACAUGGUGAUCACUAACCUGCGGACCCAGCUACAGAUCUCUCUAGAGAAAAACUCUUGGCUUCAGAAAAGAAUUGAGGACCUGGAAGAGGAGAGGGACUUCCUCCGUUGCCAGCUGGACCGCUUCAUCUUCUCCACAAAAAGCCAGGGACAAGAUCAGAGUCAGAGCCAGUACAGUAACGGUGAGGGAAGGAGACAGGUGCGAGGUUAUGAGUCUAGACGAUUCAACUGGAGGGGAAGAAGAGACGAAGAUCGUUCUGCUGAGCUACAGAAGACAGACACACAGCAUUUCCCCUCUCGUCAGUUUAUCCAACGAAGACCUGGUCCUCCAACUAUGGUGCCUUCCAAAAACCAUGUCUCCAAUCCCAUAACUAAUCAGCUUGCCUCUAUGAAUGCUUUGUUCAACUCUACGCAAUCCCAGGCCCUCUUGCAAGGCCAUAGCCAUAGCACUCCAAGCACUACAGUCAGUGGCAGCAGUGGCAGCAGUAACAGUGCUACAAGGUCAUCGAUGAAUGAAAUGAGCGGACAUAGCAACGUAGGUACAGAUUCUCUUUCACUCCUGGGAGAAUCUGACGAGUACUUGGAGCACGACGGUUACCUAGAGGAGGAGGAAUUGAUAUCAGGUGAAGAUGUCAUGCCAGAUACCAUUAACAGCAACAGACACCAAUUAAAGAGAAGACGGGUCUUACGAGCCCCUAGAGAGCGGCAAAGAGUAAAAGAUGCUGCUGGAGUGCUGUUUCGCUACAAGAAGAUCCUACUUACAUAUCAGCGCCUGAAAAAUAUGUCUAAAGCCUUCCAAAUUCAUGGUGUGGACCGCAACACGGUGGCUUCCACCACACCCAUUGCUGAGCUGCUGCUAGUGGCCCCAGAGAAGGUGGCAGAGGUUGGCGAGUUCGAUCCAUCCAAGGAGAAGCUGCUGGACUACGCCCGCCGUUGCUAUACUGCCUUGGAUGAGGAGACGCUCAGCAGGGUGCAGGCCUUGAAGAAGAAUAACCUGCUUCUGCCCAUUUCCUACAGGUUCAGACACUGAGAGGAGAAACAGGUCAAUGGAGGUUGUUGGGUUCUGCUGCAGCAGGCCCGCUCCCCUCUGACGCACAGAGAUGUCCAGAGGCAUAAGUGCCCGCUUUCUCAGUAGCCGGGAUAUGGUCAUGUUAACUGUGGUUGAGAUCCUUUUUUUUCCAGACAAACAAACUUUUAACAUCUCACUUUUUUAAUCAAUAUUAUGUACAGAUACAUGAGUUUCUUCAACAAAUCCUCACCAUUGCCCCAAUAAUACUGAGGAUGUGGGGGUGCCUGCUGACACAAACACACGGGUCUCAUUGCUCAAAAAGCAAAGUGGCAUGUUAGUGUGAUUCAGAAUUUUUGGUUAAAGAUAUGUGAACUACAAUGUGUCUUUGCCAUUAUGAUUAUAGAGGGGAUUCCUUUUCCCUGGUACUUAAAUGAGUGUAACCAGCUUGACUCAUUUUAUGUUUCAGCUGUAAGGUUACCUGGAGUUCAGUUAUUGGUUGUCGAGAUUAUUUCAGUUCCCGACAGCCAUAUAUGAUUUAUAAGCAUAGCAAUUUGUGUCACUUUAUUUGUGUGCAAUCCUAAAAAAAUAUGGUAGCUUUCAAUCACAAUGUCUGUGUAUGUUAAAAUUAUACUGCACUGCAUUGAUUUUGUGGUAUUAUAUCAUUCUUUUAAGAAACCGUGAUCAUUUCCAUGUGUUUAGAUUGUUCUGUGUGUAUUGUAUUAUUUUUGUCAUUGUCAUUAUACCCUCAACCAUUUUCACUUGCCUUAAAGCAGUUUUUGUGACUGCCUGGUAUGAGAGACAUGAUCAUUUUGGGUCACUUUCACUCUCUGAACACUCACUGAAUUAGAAUCCGGGAGUCAUUUUGCGUUCUCCUUUCCUUUCCGUUUCUCCAAGUUUAAAGGAGGGGAGAACUCUUAAAGAGAAGAAAACGGAUACAAUCAUGAACUGACAAUAGGGAAGACUAGUCCGACAUUAUGUGGUGCAAAUGCCUUUUUCACAGUAACAUACUUCUGGCAACACAAGACACUGUUGUUUUUAGUUUAAUACAGUUUAAAUACAGCCACAGACAUGUUGGUGAUAUUGUAAGUGUUUGACUUGUAAUAAUAUCUCUACCUGUUGGUCUUGGGCCCAGUUUUAACAACACUACUGCUGCAUUACUGUGUUCCACUAAGGGUUGUACCAAACCUUUUUGUGAAUUAUCUGCACUAAAAUACAGUAUAUGCCACUCCUUAUGCUUCUGGUAUUGAAGCUCUUGUAAUGCUUUUGUGACAAUAAUACCUUUUGUAAAAUGUGGUACAGAGCAUUUACAAUGAUAAACUGUACUGGCUAUUUGUAACAUUGUGUAACUAUUGGUUCUGUGUGAAAAAUUGUGGACAUUAAUCACACAAACACUUUUACAACGAGAGCAACUAGCUUGUACACAGGGAUGAUCUAUUAUUGCUUCCUAAUAUUCAACUACAAAUGCAUGUGAAAAGAGCUCUUUGAUGGUCUGUAGUUUGUAGAGGUGUUGUCAAAAUUCAUAUUCAUUCAAAGCAGCAGACAUGUUGAUAAUAUUGUAUGAUAAUGUGUUGUGUUUAUACUGGUACAGUGAAAUAAUAAGAACCCUUAUAUUAAAACAGAUAUGGUUAGAGUGGUAUACAGUGACUCUGGGUUUAAAUUAACCUAUUUUCAUAAAAGUAAACAGACAUAGGCACUCCAAUCUGUGGCCCUAAUGCCAUUUUCACUGUCGUGAUUGUUUCUACGGAUAAAAACGAAGGACUGUAAGGUGCAGUGUAGCUGCUAAGCUGACUUGGCAAAAUCACAUGAGUGUGCAGUGUUUUACAAACAAAUCUGUAUGUCUGAUUUUUAUCUCAUGAGUAAAAAGUGUAUCACUGAAGCCAUGCCUAUCAUUCACCAACUGCGUAUGAAGACUGAAAUGUUAUCAAUGCGUAUGAUUUCUUACAAAAUGUAGAUUUUUCAAUCUGUAACAUUCAACGUCACCACUCACUGAAAAAAUGCUUAUGAUUCACUACCUGUACUGUUGAUACAGAAAUGUAUUAAAACAUUUGAUUUCCUACAAA